AUGGCCAUGUUCUUCCAGAUGCUGCAAAACCAGAUCUACAAGUGUGAAACUGGUGUAGCAUCUAUGACUGUGCCAGUGUACAUCGCAGAAGUUGCUCCACCGCACCUAAGAGGCAGAUUAGUCACCAUUAACACUCUGUUCAUCACUGGAGGGCAGUUUUUUGCAAGCGUUGUGGAUGGAAUCUUCAGCUACCUCGCGAAGGAUGGAUGGAGGUACAUGUUGGGCCUGUCGGCUGUUCCAGCAGUUAUACAGUUUCUUGGAUUCCUGUUCCUUCCUGAAAGUCCCCGCUGGCUCAUUCAGAAAGGCCAGACUCAGAGAGCACGGAGAAUUCUGUCUCAAAUGCGUGGCAACCAGGCAAUUGAUGAGGAGUAUGACAGUAUCAAAAACAACAUUGAAGAGGAGGAAAAAGAAGUUGGAGCAGCUGGACCUGUGAUCUGCAGAAUGCUAACAUACCCUCCAACUCGAAGAGCCUUAAUUGUGGGUUGUGGUCUGCAGAUGUUUCAACAACUGUCAGGGAUUAACACCGUCAUGUACUACAGUGCUACCAUUUUGCAGAUGUCAGGAGUUGAAGAUGACAGGCUUGCAAUCUGGCUGGCUGCACUGACAGCAUUUAUAAACUUCGUUUUUACUCUCGUGGGAGUCUGGCUCGUUGAAAGAAUGGGCCGCCGGAAACUUACACUUGGUAGCUUAACAGGUACUGCUGUAGCACUCAUUAUCCUAGCUUCGGGAUUUUUGCUAUCAGCUCAGGUCUCGCCAAGAAUCACACUUAAUCCACCAGAUUCUUCACAUCAAAACUCUACCUGCACAAAAUACAGUUACUGUAAUGGAUGUAUGUUAGAUCCAGACUGUGGUCUCUGCUACAAAUUGAAUAAAUCAAGUGUUGUUGAGUCCUCGUGCAUUCCUGUUGAUACAGAUUCUACAAUGAAAGCAGCGUGGGGCAGAUGUUCAAAUGAAACAGCAUUCAGAAAGGAAGGUUUGUUCUGGGCAUACAAUUUCUGCCCCACUCCAUACUCUUGGACAGCACUUCUGGGCCUUAUUUUAUACUUGGUUUUCUUUGCACCUGGAAUGGGUCCUAUGCCCUGGACCGUCAAUUCUGAAAUUUACCCACUUUGGGCUAGAAGUACAGGAAAUGCCUGUUCCUCUGGAGUCAACUGGGUUUUCAAUGUGCUCGUGUCGCUGACAUUUCUGCAUACGGCCGAAUAUCUGACGUACUAUGGAGCCUUCUUCCUCUACGCAGGGUUUGCUGGCUUGGGACUGGUUUUCAUCUAUGGCUGCCUUCCUGAGACUAAAGGGAAAAAACUGGAGGAAAUUGAAUCUUUGUUCGAAAGCAGGCUAUGUACAUGUGGUACGUCAGAUUCGGAUGAAGGGAGGUAUAUUGAGUAUAUUCGAGUGAAGGGGAGUAAUUACCAUCUUUCUGACAAUGAUGCUUCUGAUGUGGAAUAA